AUGACCACCUCUGCGAGUGGCCUUUUGAGGUCUUCUAAACAUAAGGCAAGAGGAUUUGAGAGCCAGACCAAAAUACCAAGUAAUGAGUCUCAGACCAUAUUUAUGAGUGUCGUGGAGAUCCAGAGUCCAACUCUGUCAUUGUUUACUUCAGUCUUGUCUUUAUGUUUAUGCUUUGUGUUUAAUGUGCAGGCAGUGGACUAUGAGAGCCGCAGCUCUUACUCUUUCUCAGUGGAGGUGCUGAACCCCAUUGUGGACCCUCGAUUUCUGCGACGUGGGCCCUUUAAAGACAGGGCCUCCAUUAGAGUAGCUGUGCUGGAUGCAGACGAGCCUCCUCGCUUCUCACGCGCUCGAUACCGUAUGGACGUGUCUGAAAACUGUCCACCGGCCUGCACAGUUGGCCGCAUCAGUGCUGUGGAUCCAGACACGGGGCUUACAAACAAUAUCAGGUUCUCCAUCGAUCCUCAGUCUGACCCAGAAGCUCUGUUUCGCAUCACUCCAGACACAGGACUCAUCACUACAGUCACCGAGCUGGACCGUGAGCAUGAGCAGUGGCACAAUAUCACCAUCAUCGCCACACAGAGAGAUAACCCCAGCCAGGUGUCCAGAGUGGUGGUUGCAGUAGAAACCCUGGAUUUAAAUGACAACGCUCCAGAGCUGGACAGGCAAUACAACACUGCAAUGUGCGACUCUGCUUCCACCGGACAGGUGGUGCAGGUGUUGCGGGCGAUUGAUAGAGACGAGGGGGGAAAUGACAGCGCCGUCCAUUUCAACAUCCCUCCGGACUCCAACGCUGCCCUCAACUUCAGCAUCAGGGAGAGUGGAGGCCCCACUGCUAGCUUGGUGCUGGCAUCACCUUUGCAGACUCUGUCUCGCUCUACUUCAUCCUCGAUCACCCUUUAUGUCCCGCUGGUAUUAAGGGAUGGGCUUUCUGGUUUGACCAGCACGGGGACAGUGACGGUGUCUGUGUGUCCCUGUCUAAGGGGCGGAGCACGGGCUGGAGAGAAGGAGAAGCAGAGUGAGGCAGAGUGGGACCGGGAGACGGUUUGUUUGCCCCAGCACUCCUCCUUACCCUCUCCUGGACUCAGCACUGCCGCCCUGCUGGCCAUUUUAGCCUGUGUGGCCACUCUUUUGGCUGUCAGUGCUCUGUCUUUGUCUCUGCGCCGGCAGAAACGGGACUCGCUCUCGCCUUUAGAAGAGGAUGAUGUUAGAGAGAACAUCAUUACAUAUGACGAUGAAGGCGGUGGUGAGGCGGAUACGGCUGCGUUUGACAUCACAGCUCUUCAGAGCGCCCCGCACAGCACACGCAGAGGGUAUCGCACGCUGGACAGCAGGAACAUACGUUAUUCACAACACGUUCAGGAGAAGGCUCGAGCCUAUAGCAGCUGGGCUCAGGCUGGAGCUCUGGACCCUGGACAGUACGCCAGUCAAGGGGCUCCUCUAUAUGGCCGCUUUUGCUAUAGCAGCCACACCCUGCCAGUGCUUCGCCGCUCACAGGGUCCCUACGAGCCUGGUUUAACCGAACUGGCCUACCGCCUCCCUGGGAAUCAACCGGACCACUCUCUAGUCAUUCAAAACCAGGCGGCUGUAGUUGGCCCUCUGGAGCCAGGAGCCAUUUACAUGCCAACCACAGAGGCCGGUCUUGGUUCUAAAGAAGGGACAGCGUCUCAGGAUGGAGCAACCGCAUCUGACGGAGGAACGCCAAGGAAAAACGAGCCAAAGGACGCCAUAAGCAGUGAUGCCCAGCAGAGUCAGAGCCAAGGCCAGGAUCUGGAUUGGAAGAAUAAACUCAUCCUUACCUCCCGCUCUAACCCUCCUGCUCCUCCCCGUCCCCUACAGGUCCAGCCGGACACGGGUGCUCGCGACCGAGAGCUGGUUUUGACCCGUUCUGGCUCUAUCGCUGGGCCAGGCACAACCAGCGGGUGGGUAUGCGACUCCGCCACGCUCCCCCGAGCAGGACGCCACUCCUCACGGGGCAGUAUAUCCAUAAAUAGGAGCACCGCAGCACCUUCUGAGUCUAACCACAAUGGGGUGGCAGACACAGCUAACGGGAGCAACGAAAUGCAGUCUGUUAGUGCAAAUUACGCCACCAUCCUCCAGGGGGAGCAACAGAGAGACUACCCCGGAACUUUGGGACGGGGUGGGCUGGAGAUGGGCAGUGGGUUCGUGGUGGGUCGACCAGAGAGAGAAGCCAGCAUUCCACUAAGCACUGGGAUGUAUCCAGAGGGUGGCGGGUUCAUAGGAGACUGGCAUGAAAGGGUGGGGAUAACGGGGUAUCCGUUAGGAAGGAGGGAUAUGACGCCUCAGCUCCUUCCAUAUCCCGGUCAGGGCAGGGGGGCAUUUGGCAGCAUUUUAGGGUAUGGCGGAGCAUGGCCCCCACCACCUGAUGCAUCAGGAAGAGGGGCACCAGUCGGAGGAGCCCAAUCCCUUGCCCUGAGGGUUGGUGAGUUCCUACGUUUGCGAUUGGCGCAGGUGACCUUAGAUCCCUCCCAGCCACCAUACGACUCGGUGCAGGUGUAUGGGCUGGAGGGCACAGGCUCCCGCGCGGGGUCUCUCAGCUCCCUGGACAGCGAGGGUGGCAAAGAUGCCGAGAAGGACGUCUGGGGAGCAGGUCUAGAAGAUUGGGGCCCACAGUUCCAGAAAUUAGCCCAGCUUUUCAGAGAAAGGGAGAAGGAGAGCGGAGAAGAUAAAGAAGGAGAUGUGGAGGCCAGCAAAAAGCACAAGGAAAGCGACUGGGAAGAGAAGGACGAGCAGUCUGGAGACGAGGAGCAGGCCAAUGUCUGAGAGAAAGAGAAAGAGAGAUGGAGAAGGGCUGGGUGGGACAGUGAUUAAAAGGAAACAAGAGGCGGAAUAAUGAAAAGUGAAGGGUAAAGAGGGAGAGACGAAGAGGAAAGGUAAUAAGGGAAGACAAGGAAAAAUGAACAGAGAGAGCAGAGGCAGUGGGGAGAGUGAUUGAUGCAAUUUGAAGCAAUAAGUGCGGAAAAGCUGACGUGUGAGCACAGUGUUUCUUUAGCCAGCAUUUAACAUUCCGUGAGUGUGUUUGGCGGUGAGCGAAAAGCAAAGUUCACUGUAUACCUGAUCACAUUAAAUUACAACAGAGGAAGAGAGAAAUUUGAACUUUUGGAUAUUUGUGACGAGCUAGACAAUGGUGCCACGGGGGAGGAGUGAGAAACGCUAGGCCGAAAUAACACAGAUGAAAAGUUGCGGCAACACAUGAGGGAGUUGGGAAAUUAAUAUUUGUACAGAAAUUGUUUAUACAUUCACAAAAGCAAGAGAACUGAAUUAUUCAAAAGAAAGCACUGAAUAUUACAGUAAAGUCCUGAAUAAGUGUCUGCACAAAGAUUCUUGGUGUUUACACAUACACACAGACAAAACAAACACACAUCAAUUUUAAACCCUGCUUGGAAAUUCUGCUUCGUGGAUGUCUACUUGUCAGGGUUCAAAAUGACUCACAUUUUUUGCCAAGAACAGAUUGUAUACAAAGUUGUCCAAGAAAAAAAAAAAGUCACAAAAUUAAAAUGUAGUGAUGCUAAAAUUGUGCAAAGCAUAUGCACAGUCAUUGUCAAAAAAAAUUAAAAUAAAAUCCCACGUACAAAACAGAAGGUGAUUUAUGAGAGCUGACAGAUCUGCUUCAGCUAGAAUGCACUUUUAUACAUGAUGUUCGAAAAUAGAUUACAAACGUUGUUGUUGUUUUUUAUUGGACAGAAAUCAAAAUAUAUAUAGAAAAAAAGAUGUUCUAUGUAAAUGCAUUUAAAUGUAAAUAUCACUGAAUGCCAUUGUGAAAAAGUGACAACAGUACUGUAGUCUGUAAGUAACAAAAAAAUAAUAGAAUAAUACAAUGAAAACGGAGGACAAUAUACUAUAUUAUAUUACAGCCACUGGAUAUGACUGGAAGACUCUGGAUUGACUGACGCUGAUUAAUAUCUACCAGUACAAUGUCGGAUUCAGAUGUGUCACUCUGCCCUAAUGGAACUUUUUUUUUUUUUUUGAUUGAAUGCAAAAGCUCCAGAUAAAUGUACGUGAAGUCCUUUUUCUGGGUUGAGCACACAUUCUGCUUUGAUUAUUCCGGUUAAUCACACUGUGGACUCACUGUGACUGGACUGAACCACUACACACUAAUACCAGGGGGCAUCAUGCAGUACAAACUCACACCUUGUCAAACAGCCCAACAGAUGUCAUGCUCUGUCAGAAAUAUGAGCCUAAAGUGAUUAUGAACAAUCAGUGUCAAUACUGUUGUAUUGUAAAGAGUAUAUUUACACAAUGACAAUUCCCCCUGGAGUCUAUUAGAUCAAACACUGUGUCUGCACUGGUUGAGAGUGGUGUGAUGUAUUUGACAAAAACAAAAAGAGUCGCUACAUUAACGUGGGCAGUUUUUGCUUCUUUUUUUUCUGAUCAAAAAUUCCAGACAGUGUUAAUGACAAUGACAAAAAUAACAUGAUUAAACCAGGAGGCAAGCUGUAUAUUUAUGCAGUGAGUGAAUGUGGCUUCACAAAAUUGAAACUGGAUUUGAUCUUUUGACAUCAUUACACAAAUAUACAGAUUACAUACUGGUUUAUGAUGCACAUACUACUGCUUUUUUCUUUGGUUUUAAAAAAGCAUACAAAGCAAUGACUGAUAGGACAAUAUUGUUCUUGGCAAAAAAUGCCAUUUUAACGUCAUUGCAGAUUUUUACAAAUUUAAACAUCCCUCUACAAUCCCCAAUUUGGGCAGUUCAUUCUGAUUGAAGUAGUUACAAGUGAUUUUUAAAUUAUUAUUCAGGUCUGCAAGUAUAAUUACAAACUAAUUAUUUUAAUCCAUGUAAACCCUGCUAGUGAUACGGUCUAAAGUGGAUUUCAUUAAUUCCAAAAACAGAAUAUGGCUGUGAAUGUUUUGGUUUAACUGUUUAGUGCUGCCAUCCCUGCAGACCAGUGUAGACAUGGGGUGACUCUUUAAAAGAUUAGUUCAACCAAAAAUGAAAUUUUCUUUAUUAAUUAAUCCCCCUUAUGUCAUUCUAUUAUCCUGAGACCUUUGUUUAUCCUCAGAACACAAAUGAAGAUAUUUUAAAUGAAAUCUGACAUGUCCCUGGCCCUCCAUAUACAGCAAGGUUCAUGAGAUGAGGGAGGUUCAGUAAAGGAACCCAAAACUGUAAUCAUACCAAGCUCCAAGAACACUUUUGUGGCUUUGUUUGCCUACAUUCUCCUUUGGUUCUGGUGCAUGUUUACUAUAGCCCCUUUCAUACAGUGAACAUUUUCUGGAAUGACUUUAUCUGUAAUUUCAAAAAUUUAAAAUUUCCAAAAUACCGGUAAAUUCUAACAUUAUUAACCCGAAAUGACUUUUAAACGGCUCCGCUUGUAUUGUAAUCAUAGAGAGGUCAGUUUUUUUUUUUUGGAUGGUUUCAACUUUAUUGAAAGCUUUAGCAUUCAUGCAGCUGCUUUGUCCCAGAGACAUCCAAAGGCAGAAGCGCCAACCGCAGAUAAAUGUUUACACAUUUGACUACACUACAAAUUCUGUGGGUGGAUAAGUAUCGUAAACAACUUAGAUGAAAACAUAUGGAGGAACACUAUCGCAUGUCGAGAUGUACAUAAUAUGUGUGUUGGCGCUCACUGAAACAAGGUAAACAGUGGUUUAUCAUAAACCUUUUAUCGAUAAUUUUUGACACAGUUGGCAUUAAGAAGGAACAUAGAAACAUUGUCUGACUAACAUCUAGUAGCUAAAUGUGUCUGGAAAAAUAUUCAAAGACCUUUAUUUUCAUAAACAGAAUGGAUGUGAUUGCAUCUAAAUGUUCUGAUUGGCUGAAGUAGACGUCUCACGUCAGCACGUUCUAAUCGUGAAUGCGCUCUUUCCGGCAGUUUUCCUCCUGUAUUCACUCAGAGCAGCAUACUGGCUAAUUAUCGAUAAAGUUACAACUUGAAACGAAUUUACUGGUAUUUUCAAAAAGGACCUGUUCACACAUAACCCCUUUCCAGAAAAUUGUCAGUAGUUUUCCGGAAAGGUCUGUAUGUGUGAAAGCUUCUAAUGGUUAAUACUAUGCUUGCAUGUUGCAUUGCUGACUCUAAUAGCAAUACAUCAUACUGCUUAUAGUAAAAUACACCCUAAUAAUGACACGAUGAGAAAGAGAAACAUUGGUGAAUAAGGUCAUUUACAGGGUUUUUGUGCACAAAAGUGUUCCUGGAAUUAUGUGUGAUUACAAUUAAACCACUGAAGUCACAGGAAUGUUUUUGGUUCCUUCUCUUGACUUUAAAUGUCAAGGGUCAGAGAGCUCCAGGAUUUCAUCAAAAACAUCUUAACUUGUGCUAUAAAGAUGAAGAAAAGUCUCAGGGGAUUGAGACGACACGAGGGUGAGAAAUUAAAACAGAAUUUCCAUUUUUGGGUGAACUAAUCCUUUAGAGCAGUGUUUCUCAAGCAUGUUCCCGGAGGACCACCAGCACUGCAUGUUUUGGAUGUCUCCUUUGCCUGUCACACCCAUUCAAGGUAUUUCAGUCUCUGAUUAUGAGUAGAUGAUCUGAAUCAGGUGAGUUUGGUUUAAGGAGACAUGGAAAAUGUGAAGAGCCGGUGGUCCGCGAGAAAUGUGGUUGAGAAACACCACUUUAGAGGAUUGAAUAAGUCCCAUGUGAGUUCCUGUACUUCAUUCAUCCUGGUUUCUGCCUUCUUAUUGGACUGAAUUGUUGGUACUGAGAUGUCACGAUGGCGUGUACUAAAAUGUAUUUAUUCUGUUGUACUUUUUCCUUUUCUUUUUUGUAAAUUUGAAUAAAGACAGUAUGUUUUGAGGUGA